AUGCUGAUCGCGCCCGCCCCGCCGGCCCUGCCCGGGCUCGCAGGUCAGCUGCCCUCGGCCCCCGCGCGGCGCCAGGACUCCUCCGGUUCGUCAGGCUCCUACCACACGGCCCCGGGCUCCCCGGAGCCCCCGGACGCCGGGCCGGACGCGGAGGGCCGGGCACAUUGGCCCCGGGUGGCCCCUGAGCUGGGGGUGGGGGAGCAGCUUCGCCUGUCCAUCAGCGCCCAGAAUAGCCGCCAGCAGCUCCGGCCCGGCUCGGGUUUCCCGCGAGGCCCGGGCGCCGGCCCGCGGCCGCCCCAGCCCCAGCCCCGGCCCCAGCCCCGGCCCCGGCCCCAGCUGCGCAUGCUGCCGUCGGGGGAGAUGGAAGUCAUCUUCGGCGCCGGGGCCCUGUUCGGCCCCUCGGACUCGGCGGACACGGAGGUGCAGCAGCUCACGGCGCGGGCUCUCCACGGCCUCUCCCCGCCGGCCUCCCCCGCCCCCGCCGCCCCGCAGCCCCCGCCCCCCGACGGCGGCUCCCGCUGGGCCACCUACCUGGAGCUGUGGCCCCGCGGGCCGAGUCCGGCCUCCCCGGCGCAGUUCGAGUGCGUGGAGGUGGCGCUGGAGGAGCGGGCCCUGCCCGCCAGGUCGCGGACGGUGCCCAAGCGGCAGAUCGAGCUGCGCCCCCGGCCCCCCCGGAGCCCUCCGCGGGAGGAGGAGGCCCCGCGCCCGCGCCCGCUGCUGCGCACGGGCUCCCUGGACGAGUCGCUGGGCCGCCUGCAGGCCGCCGCGGGGCUCGUGCAGACGGCGCUGGCCAGGAAGCUGGGCGGCGCGGCCGCCGCCCCCAGCGGCGCCACCUGCAGGCCCGCGGAGCGGCCAGAGCCCGAGCCCCGGCAGCCGGCCCGCGGCCCCCGAGCGGCCCCGGAGGACGGCCGGUCGCGCCCACCCCGCCUGCACUGCGGCUCGGCCCCCGCCCGGGCCUCGCGGCCCUGGCCCAGCCUCCGCGAACGCGCGAUCCGUCGCGACAAGCCCGCCCCGGGGACGGAGCCCCUGGGCCCGGUGAGUUCCAGCAUCUUCUUGCAAUCGGGGGAGAAGACCCAGGAGGCGCACCACCAGGACCCCAAAACCCGGUUCCCAGGGGAGACCCCGGAUCGGACCGUCCCGAGGCCUCUCGAGGCUAGGGACCCUUGGGGAGUUCCGAGUCAGGCUGUGCGGCCGAGGAGCCCCUCCCCGCGGAGGCAGGCCCCGAAUGGAACCCCGCAGGGCGCUCACUGCCCAGCCCCCCGCAACCUGUCCCCACGGAACCGGGCUGAACCCUCCGCGUGGGAGAAGCAGGAUCCCGCCGUCGAGGAAGCCAUCAGCAGAAGGAGCCCUUCCCCUCCAACCCCUUCCCGGUGGAAUCCGGGUGCCGCCGCCGAGGCAAGAAGCCCGCCCGCUGGAGCGCCUUCGCGGUGGGAGGCUCAGCAUCCCACAAUCGGAGCUGCCGGAGAGGGAAGCAGGAGCCCGACCCCGCCGGCCUGGUCCUCCUGGGAGGCUCCAGACGGUCCCACGGGGCCGUGGAGUCCAUCGCCCCAAGAGAGGUGGGGCCCCCCAAUGCAGGGUUCCCCGAUAGUCUCUCCGCAGGACGCUCUGAAUGGCGUCGUCCAGGGGGAGCCGGCGCCGCCGACACCGCCCGCACCCAGGACCCCGGAGCUCGCAGAGGCUCCGGGUCCCUCCGCACGGGGCGCGCCAGGUCUCGCCUUCCCAGAAGGUCAGCCGCUGCCCCUCGGCCGCCUCCCGGGCGCCCUGGACUCGGAUGUGCCCCCAGAAGCCCUGGGCCCCGGACCAGCGGCCCCCGGGCGCCCGCGCGUGGCCAUCCCGCGGCCCCGCGACCUGCGCAAGAUGGUGAAGACCACGUACGCGCCCAGCUUCCCGGCAGGAGCCCCCGGCUCCGGGCCGCCCGCGCCCGCCGCGGACCCCGCGGAGGAGCCCCGCCCGGAGCCGGAGCUCCCGGUGCCGGGGACCCCCGCCCCGGCUCACUACACCUCCGUGUACCUCAAGGACUUCCUGCCGGUCGUGCCGCACCCCUACGAGCCCCCGGAGCCGCCCCCCAGCGCAAACCCUCGGGAUGCUCCGCAGCCCAACGGGGCCCCGCGGCGGAGGGCGGAGAACAGCACGGCCAAGCCCUUCGCGCGCACGGAGAUCCGCCUGCCGGGGGCCUUGGCCGCGGGCCACGGGCCGAAGGAACCCCGGGGCGGCCUGGUUCGCGGUCCGGGGGACGAGAACCGAGUGGUGGAGGCCCAGCGCCUGGCCUCCGACGGCGAGGGUCCGACCAGCCCUGUAGGGGGCGCGCUCUCCUUACCCCAGCGGCCGACCCUAGGGCCAGCGGGGGCCCACCCAUCCGGACCCUCCCGCCCCAGCUCCCCUCAGGCGCACCCUGGCUCGAGCCCGGGGAGAGCACCCAAACUGGAGACUCCUCCUCCUCCCGUCCCCCAGCCGGCCACGGCGGCCCCGGCGCCCCGCCCGCGGGAGCCCCCGGCCUGGGCGGGCAGGACGGCCCCGCCCCAGCCCCGCGCGGCCUCGGCGCCCCCUCUGGACCGGCCCCCGGAAGGGCCCUCCCCAGGGGCGCGCAGGCCGGCCGGGGCCGCGAACACCGGGAAGGUGCUGGUGGACCCCGAGAGCGGCCGCUACUACUUCGUGGAGGCGCCGCGGCAGCCUCGGCUGCGGCUGCUCUUUGACCCCGAGAGCGGGCAGUACGUGGAGGUGUUCUUGCCGCCCUCGCCCCCGGGGCCACCCCGACGCCUCUACACCCCGCUGGCCCUGAGCCCCGGCCUCUACCCGCCCGCUUAUGGGGCUCUCCCUGGCCUCUCUCUGCCACCCUCUCCGGGCCCGCCGGCCUACGGCGGCACCCAGCUCCCCUGGGCGUCCGAGGCGGGGCCCCCGGAGAGGAUGUACUACCUGCCGGUGAGCGGGACCCCCAGCCCCGCGCCGCCUCUGCUCCUCUGCGCUCCCCCCUCCGGCCUGGGCCCCGCCCAGCCUGGCAAGAGCUCCCUGUUCCCUGUGUGA